UAUUUUGAACUGUGAUUGAGAGCGGCCGUGUUGACGCAACAUCCCUGCUGCCUUCAUUCUUUCUCGGCUCGCAGGAUCAAUGGCCAACUGACGCUCUCAGAAAACUACAGUUUCUGGAGAUUUAAAGGGUUUAAAGUGAGCUGAUUGUGACACCUGUCAGAGAUGCCGGGCCUCAGCUGUAGGUUUUACCAGCACCGUUUCCCGGAGGUGGAGGAUGUGGUGAUGGUGAACGUUCGCUCCAUUGCUGAGAUGGGCGCGUAUGUCAGUCUGCUGGAGUACAACAACAUCGAAGGUAUGAUCCUGCUGAGCGAACUGUCCCGCAGACGCAUCCGCUCCAUCAACAAACUCAUCCGCAUCGGACGCAACGAGUGCGUGGUGGUCAUCAGAGUGGACAAAGAGAAGGGAUACAUUGAUUUGUCCAAGAGAAGAGUGUCUCCGGAAGAAGCCAUCAAAUGCGAGGACAAAUUUACUAAAUCUAAAACUGUGUACAGUAUUUUACGGCAUGUGGCUGAAGUGUUGGAGUACACUAAGGACGAACAGCUGGAGAGUUUGUUUCAGCGAACCGCAUGGGUGUUUGACGAGAAAUACAAGAAACCUGGAUACGGCGCCUAUGACGUCUUCAAACAGGCCGUGUCUGAUCCCUCCAUCCUGGACGGUUUGGAUCUGACAGAGGAGGAGAGGAACGUCCUCAUUGACAACAUCAACAGACGCCUCACCCCACAGGCUGUCAAAAUCAGAGCGGACAUUGAGGUGGCGUGUUACGGAUAUGAAGGCAUUGAUGCUGUCAAAGACGCUCUGAGGGCGGGACUUAACUGCUCCACAGAGGCCAUGCCAAUCAAGAUCAACCUGAUUGCACCGCCUCGGUACGUCAUGACCACAACCACUCUGGAGCGCACCGAGGGUCUGUCAGUCCUCAACCAGGCCAUGACGGCCAUCAAGGAGCGCAUCGAGGAGAAACGAGGAGUCUUCAAUGUCCAGAUGGAGCCCAAAGUGGUGACGGACACAGACGAGACAGAACUGCAGCGGCAGCUGGAGCGCCUUGAGCGAGAGAACGCAGAGGUGGACGGAGACGACGACGCUGAGGAGAUGGAGGCCAAAACGGACGAGUAGAUCAACAACUGGACCAACAACUCCUUCAGCGCAGAAACCCGUUCACAUGAACUGUUACCAAACCACUGAUGCUGCAGCAAAUUCACUUUUACACAAACAUCAUAAAGCUGAUUUUCUGAACCAGUGGCCUUUUAACUCUUCACAACUCAAUAUUAACAUUUAUGCUGAUUCAACAGUGCAGAAUGAAAACGUGGUUUUGCAGAGGUUUGAUUUUUUUUUUCCUGUGAAUUAAAGCAUUUCUUCUGCUUCAAGCUCAGUAAAAUUCUGGAAAGUU